UGUAGACAAAUAACAUGAAUAUCUUUUCAAGCAAUGACAGAGACUUGGUUUGGUGUUUUGUUGCUUAUCGUCACAAGUGUUUUCUCAGUACAAGCUGAUGAAUGCAUAGUAGGAGUGAUUGGGGAGCCUGCCAUCCUUCCUUGUGUUUAUAAUGGACUGAAAAAUGUGACCUCCCUCCAAAUCUCAUCUGAGUGGAGAAGAGGAAUGGAAAUAAUCCACACUGCAGACUGGAUGAUGGGACAAGUGGAGAUGCAAAAUGUGUCCCACAGUAUCCGGACUGCUGUGUCAACUUUAGCCCCAAACACUGGAGAUUUCUCACUGGAGUUACAUGAUGUGCAUUUAUCAGAUGCACACAAUUACAGUUUUCAUGUUAAGCUUCAUGGUCAAAAUAGAAGCUCUCUGGUUUGCACUGUCUGCCUCAACAUAGCAGGUCAUUUCAGUCCCCCUACUUUAUUUAGAGAGAAUGGAGUGGAUGGUGAAGAAACCAGAUUGUUUUGCAACUCUCAAGGAGGAUUUCCUGCUCCUUCCGUUUACUGGCUUGUGAACCACACACAACAUGCUCUAGAAACAUCAGUCACAACAUAUAUCAAUACUCUACCUCAGUCUGAACUGUUCAACAUCACAAGUGUCCUAUCUAUCAACAUAUCAGCAGACACCGCCAUAUCCUGUGUCAUAGAAAACAACCUGUUGAACGAAACUUUAACAGCAACGGAGUUUGUUGUUUUGUCAAGUACAUCAGAGAGACGUCUGUCAGAGUACAUAUGGGUCUUCAGCGCUGUUCUGUGUGUGAUUGUUUUCUUUCUGGUGGCUACAUCUCUGCGUUACCAGAAGAAAUGGGACAUAAAAGAACAAAAAAGAAAGCAACACAGAUGUGGAGAUGAAGCAUGUAGCGAGGACACUGAUAUGAUCGUGUUCGAUUGGGAGAAAUUGGCUUCCCUUCCUGAGAGUGAUGUGUAACGUGGUUUGGAAAGGAAUUCUGGGUUGAUACAACUAACUUACAUAAUGGUUAUUAACUGUGAAGUGAUUCACAGUUUCAUUUCAGAGGAUGAAUCAGCUUGAGAUGAUGCAAACUUUAUUCAAGUGCAUUGCUUUAUGCCUUUCUUUCUUUGAAUAUCCUCCUUUUUCCAUACAAUCAGCUAACAAAGACCUGCAACUGAGUACAAUAGAAUAAAGCAGAAAGAAUAUGAAUGUAUCCAUGUAUUAAAAAUACAGAGAUAAACAACUUAAGCACUCUUUCUUAUUAAGUAUAUAGACAUACUCUUGCUGUGCCAUUUUAAAUUAGGUUUGGAUGAAACAUCUACAUGUUUAGAAAAUGACAAUAUUCACAACAAGCUGUUGUUGGGAAAGAGCUAAAAACAACUUUCAUAACUCUACCUGUUUAACCUGAAGUAGUUAGACAGCCUGGAGCACAAAUGCUGUAUUAGUCAUAUAUUAUUACACCGUCAAGCCAUUCUCUCUAUUAUCUGUUUAGGGGUGCUGUGGAGACUACGUUUAAAUUAAAAUACAUUCAGCGGUGCUGAAUGUGGCAGAAAGACAAUUUUUAACACCACAUCUUCUUAUAUAAACAUACUUGCGUUUUAAAAGCUGAGUAAUAGUUUCACUAUUGUAUCAAAGUCAUUGUAAAUAAAAGACCUAAGGGGGGGCAGAAUUCAACUGUAUUGUACAUACAAUUGUAUAGAAGCACUUGUUCUUGUCAGUAAUUAAAAUGUCUUUGCUCUGUGGUAACCCACAUUACUUCCUAAUUAUUCCUAAUAGUUCAUACUUAUUAAAAUAAGUUAAGCACUGGUAUUCUGGAAUUGUUUU